AUGACAACAAUAAAGCUCAAGGACAAACACUUAGUCAAGUUGUGGUUUUUUUACCGCGAUCCUGUUUUUCACAUGGACAAUUAUAUGUCGCACUUUCUCAAGCUUGUAAAUCAGCUAAUGAAUCAUUUAGAGAGGCAAAAGAGUUUCAGAGGAAACUAUGAGAUAGCUGAUGCUGUAGUAAGGAACUUGGAUGCACAACGGAGGAAUACAGAAGAUGACAUUCCAUUUCAUUUGUCAUUAGGAAGCAAGACUGUCAUCCGAUCUUUGGAUCUUAAAGGAGAAACAAUUUACCCCAUAUAUCAAACACUUGCUUCCAUUCCAAGCAUCCCUAUUGAUGAUGAUAGACAUGAUAUACUUGUGUUAGUUCUUUAUGUAUCAGAAGAACCAAAGAGAAUAGUGACAUCACCUAACAAAGAGACAUCAGCUCGAGAUCUUAUGGUGAUAGAUCUCAGUAGUGAUCAGCCAAUGAAAGUAUGCACUUGGAAUGACCUUGCUAGAGAACAGUCUGAAUCAAUUGUCUCAAACAGUGACUCUUUCAAAGUAAUUGGUGUCACAACUCUACGGCCUAUUACUCGACAAGGAUUUUCGCUUGAAUCAACCAUGUCAACUUUCAUUCUGAAGGACCCCCAAGGCGACAAAGCAGAAGCUUUAGCCGAAUGGUAUAGUGUUGAAGAAUUUUCUUUCCUAAAUAUUGAAAAUUCAGCAAGUACACUUCCACAAGAAGUGUUUUGGUUAAAUGUUGUAACUACCGAUAUAGAGUUUGAAAGAUUAAGAGCAUAUAUAGGAUGCUCCCACUGUGGAAAGCGAACAGAUCUUGCUGUUGGAACGGUCUACAGCUGCAAAGCAUGCUCAAGGAAAGACAUACAUGUUGCUUACAGGACAACCAUAACUUUCAAUGUCUCUGAUGGAACUGGAUCAUUGGAACUCACUGCAUUCACUGAUGUUUGUGAUAAGCUUUUUCGAAUGCCAAUUCAGGAAAUCUAUGAAAUGAAAACAAUGGAACAACUUGACAAGUUCUAG